UCUACGGGAACACAUGCGGACAGAAAAAACACUUUCAUUCCAAACAGAAGAACAACACUUCAAAACAAAAUGAAAAGCCUGGAUGAGGCUCCUGGGAGUGAAAUCAUCGGAGAGAACAGGGAGCGAGAAAGUCAAUCAGAAACAUCCCAUAAUAAGAGUCCGCUCCUUGCUGAUCCAUGGAAACCAUGCCGACGGUCCCGCGCUACUGCCAAAGAGUGGCUGUUGAAGCUGAGGUGUUGUCUGGGAGCAGUGUGUGGGAUAGAGUGGUAUGGCUACGCUGCUCUAGGUGUUUUCACUGCCAUCCUCAGCUUUCUGAUGGACCUCAGCGUGACAAAACUGCUGACAGCUCACCGGGGGCUUUACAUGAAGCUGGAGGGCAACAGUCUGCUGCAGUUCUUCUGCUGGACUCUUUACCCAGCAUGCCUCUGUGCUGUCGCAUCGUCGUUUUCCCACAACAUCUGUCCCUUCUCCACAG